AUGAUCAACUCGAAGAAGGGCUUGGGCGACUCCAUUUGGGCUUCCAGAGGCAAAGCCCAACACUCCAAUAGCUCGUCCACCUCUGUAUACCGACCACGGACAUACCAGGCCACGUCCUCGGUCAUUACCCCCGCGGCACCACGGCCUCCGUCGCCAACCAAGAGCUCCAACUACUUCCGCCCCGGCGCGAACACGAGCACGCCCUCCUCAGCGCCCGCCGCCGGCGUCACGAAGAACGCUGCAGCCACCCACGACGGGCUGACGGCGCAGCAGGAGUUUAGACGCUACAUACAGAUCGUGCGCCGGCUCAAAUGGAAGCUCCCGUACCUGAGCCACGGGUACCACCACGCGAUAGCACGGCCGGGGGACCCGCUGUACGGGGGCGAGACGGACGCCGAGGAGGCGGAGCUCAUGUUCAAGCUCGACUUUUACGAGUACUACAUGCUGCUGGAGCGAGCGCUGGUGCACCUGAUGGGCGUGUUUGGGAUCACGGUAUCGCGAGACGGCUGGGUGACUACGUCGGCGACGCCGCGGCGGGCCGACGGCGGUUUCGCGCAGCAGGCAACGCACACGUACCACCAGAACGUCAUCGCGGCGCUGGAGAGGGAGGACAACCCGCUCCACGAGGCGCUGGGGACGGGCGAGGUGCUGUUCCACCUGUCGAGGGCCAAGGAGCUGAGGAACCGGUGGAAGUACGCCGAGGAGGGGGCCAGGGCGAGGGCGAACGGCGAGGCGGGGCGGGAAAGGGCCGGGACGGCGCCGCUGGAGAGCUACGACUUGGACAAGAUUUUUAGGCACGUCUUUGCCGGGUUCGAUGCUGGAUACGCGGUUGCCGAGAAGCGCGUCGCCGAGGAGGCGGCCGUCGGUGGGGGAGCGGGGGGUGGCGCCGAAGAGAUGGAGGAGGACGAGUAUGACUUCAUGGUCGAGGCCAUGGACUGGGAGGCCGUUUAG